GGCAAGAUGGAUACUGAAUUCAACCUGCAGGCGCGCCUGAACCACUCGCUGACGAAGCGGCUGCAGGCGAAGGCACAGGCGCAGGUGAUGGCGAACGACUCGCAAGCGAGUACACGGGAUCAGGACUUCACCGCCAACGUCAAGGCAAUCAACCCGUCGCUGGUGGACGGCACGGGCAUCUACCUGGCCAACUACCUGCAGUCGGUGACUCGCAAGCUGAGCUUUGGUGCUGAGCUGCUGUACCAGAGCCCGAUGCCCAAGGUGCAGGAGACGAGCAUUUCGCUGGCUCUGCGCUACCAGCCGUCGGCUGACCGCGUGUGGGUUGCGCAGACCCAGGGCACCAACAUCCUGUCGACGUCGUACUGGCGCAAGAUCACAGAAAAGUGCGAGGCUGGCGCCGAGCUGCAGGUCAUGAACAUGCCGUCGCAGGGCCGCCGCGAGGCAAGCUGCUCCGUCGGCGUCAAGUACGAGUUUGCUGCAUCGACCAUGCGCGCCAUGGCAGAUAACAUGGGCAAGGUGUCGAUGCUUCUUGAAGAGAAGAUCGCCCCUGGCUUCUCGUUCCUGAUCUCGGGCGAGCUGGAUCACCUGAAGGGUGAGAACAAGUUUGGUAUCGGACUGAACCUCGAGUCCUAGGCCUGCUUACAUUUAGAGAUGAUGAUGUUGCCUUUUUGUGGAAAAAACAUUUUACAUUGCUGGUGAUG